AUGAUUAAAAAUUUAGGUUUAAGUUGUUGUUCAAUUUCUUCUGUACCUCUAGAUUAUGAAGGCAAUAAAUUAAAAAUUAUUGAAAGCAUAAAGAAAUGUAAAGGACUAAAUUGUAAUAUAAGAAUGGGUGGAGAAUUAGAAUUAUGUGGUGUUAAUUGUAAAGAUAGCUUUAAAGAAAUUGAAGAUAUCAAUGAAAAUUGUUGGUUUUAUUUAAGUGAAUUAUUAAAUGAAAAAUAUAAAAAUAAAUAUUUAACAGAUGACAUAUUAUGCUUUAUAAGUAUGCCUGUGUAUUUUAAACAAAAAUUAUACAACUGUGAAGUAAUUGUAUACAACAAUGAAAUUAUUUUAAUAAAACCUAAAGAAAACAUAAACAAUAAUGAAGAUAAAAACUAUUAUACAUCUUAUUUAAAAAGUUCUUGUGGAGAAGAAAAAUGCAAUGUUACUGAAAGAAAAGCUAUGGAAAGGAUAAAUUUUAAAAAUUCUGAUAUUAAAGUUUUUUAUAAUAAUUUUGAAAAAUUCACUUUACCUAAAUGCAUUCAAAAUAUAACAAAGCAAAAGGAAACAUAUUUUGGAAAUGCAGUAAUACAAUUAAAUUCUUUAAUAAUUGCUCAUAUUUUUUUAGAUGAUUUAAUUAAAAUUCAAAAUAAUUUAAUAUAUGCUGAUGAAAAUGUUACAUUGGAUAAUAGCAAUAGUGAUGUAUUAGAAAAAAAAGGAUUAUUAUUUCAAAGGGAUAAUAUAAAGUUAAAGGUAAAUAAUGAAAUAAAUCUUGAUUGUGUUGAUAUUUUAUUAGUUAAUGGAUAUAUACCUAAUGAAUUACAUUUAUUUAAAAGAUAUUUUAUAGAGUUAAUGAAUUUAACAGAAAAAUAUCCUAAUAUGACUUUAUGUUUUAGUAACAAUAUUGGAUGUGAUAACAACUUUUAUAAAUAUGAUGGAUUUUCUUUUAUAAGCCAAAACAAAAAAGUGUUGACAAAAAAUGCUAGAUUUUCGUUUUCAGAGAUACAAGUAGCAUCUGUUAAUGUUUCUUUUAAUAAGAAAAAUAAAAAUAUAGAAAUGUUACAUGAUUUAAUUGGUAAUAAGUAUUCUAUUUUAAAAAUAAAAGGAAAUGAUCUUUUAAAAGGAAAGGGAGAUGAAGAAGAAGAUAUUGAAAAUAUUGAAGUAAAUUAUGAUGAAUGUAUUUUUUCUUUCAAUGAAGAUUUAAAUAUAUCAAUAAAAACAUCUUAUGAAACUUUAUUGAAUCAUCUUCCAAAAAAUUAUAAUUGGGUACUAUAUGCCCAUCAAAAUAACAACCUUUUACAACUUUUUAAAAAUUAUCAUCAUAAUCCAAAUGAUUAUAUUUAUGAAUUCAAUUCAAAAAAAUAUUCUUUGCAUAAUAUUUACGAAGAACUAAGUUUUAACUGUGCCCUCUUUUUAUGGAAUAUAUUACAUUUAACAAAAUCGAAAGGCUUUAUGCUUGCCAUAUCAGGUGGAAUUGAUUCAUCGUUUGUAGCUUGUAUGGUUUACAUUUUGUCAAUAAUGAUAGAAAUUAACUUAAAUGAAAAAAAAUAUUUGAUUAAUAAAGAACAUUUAAGUUUAGAUGACGAGUUAUUUUUAAAAAAAAUUAAACAUUUAUUAAUUGAUAAAGCAUGUAGAAAAGAUAUAUGUAAUAAAAUAUUGAACACUAUAUCUUUGCCUUCAAAGAAUAGUAGUGAAAAUACAAAAUUAUUCUCUGAAAUGUUAAGUAAGUGCCUUAAUUCUUAUCAUAUUGUUUAUAGUAUAGAUAAUACCUACGAAUUUUUUAAAAAUGUUGGUGAAGAUUUUCUAAAGGAAAAUAUGAAAUAUAAAAGUGAAGGUGGCAGUAAUUAUCAAGACUUAUGUUUGCAAAAUAUUCAAUCAAGAUCCAGAAUGUUAUUAACAUAUUUCUUUAGUACAUUAAUAUGUCAUAAAAGAUAUUUCAAAUAUAAUUUGCAUAACGAAUUUCUAAUAACAUUAGCAACAGGAAAUUUAGAUGAAUCCAUUACUGGGUAUUAUACAAAAUAUGAUUGUUCGUCAGGUGAUAUUAAUAUAAUUGGUAACGUAAGUAAAAUUUUAAUAAAAGAAACGAUGUGCCAUAUAGCUAAUGAUUCUUUUUAUGAUUUAAAAAUUCUUCAUCAAAUUAAUCAAUAUAAUCCAUCGGCAGAAUUAAAGCCAUUGGACAAUAAACAGAUAGAUGAAAAUGAAUUAAACUUGAAAUAUGUAGAAAUUAAAUUACUAACCAUAUUAAAAAAUAUAUAUUUUUUGGGGCCAUAUUCUAUGUUCUUUUAUUUAUCCAAUUACUUUUGGACAAGUAUGCCAAAAAUAGUUAUAUUUGAAAAAAUUCAAAAUUUCUUUACAAGAGUUUUAAAAAAUACUCACAAACUGUUUAUUUUACCACCAUCUAUAAUGAAUGAAUCAUGUGGAUUUCAUCUCUCAAAUUAUGUUCACUAUGCAAUUAUUGAUUUUGAAGCAUUAAAAAAAAAAUUAAACUUAUAG